GGGAAUUAAAGGGGUGCCCGGAUAUGAAAACGACAUAGUCGCGUCGAGAUCGUGACAAGUGUACAACUAAAAUCAAUAAAUUCACCGAACAACCUCAGCUCAGGCUCAGCUAAGUGUCGUUGCCAAGCUAGGGAAACAUCUAAGUGUAGCGGUCUAAGUAAGCGUCGGCUCCAUCUUCCAAGAGAGUUUUAUAGUUAAGACAAGACAGCUACAGACCAUGGCAAGUAAGUUUGUUGAGCAUGGAGUAGUACCAGAUGUAGUUGACCAGGAACCCAAUGCCAUAGCAACAGUCACAUGGUCUACAGGGGUAGAAGCUAACCUUGGAAAUGUUCUAACUCCUACUGUUGUAAAGGAUCCACCAACAAUCACAUGGCCAACUGAAGAGAGCACUCUUUACACAGUGAUCAUGACUGAUCCUGAUGCUCCAAGCCGUGCAGAUCCUAAAUUUCGUGAAUGGAGACAUUGGGUGGUAGUCAAUGUCCCUGGUAUAGAUGUCAGCAAAGGUCUUGUAUAUGCCCCAUACAUUGGCUCAGGUCCUCCUAAAGGCACAGGUUUACAUCGCUAUGUCUUCCUAGUAUAUAAGCAACCAGGUGAACUUCAGCUACAGGAUCCACUACUUCAAAGAACUAUCAAAGAUCGGGGUGCAACCAAGACAAGACAGUUUGUUACAAAAUACAACCUCGGUACACCUGUGGCUGGAAACUUCUAUCAGGCUGAGUGGGAUGACUACUGCAUUCAACUUAUGAAGGAAAUUACUCAGUAAAUUACAUGGACUUAAAAGUUUGAAAUAAUCUCAUGUUUUUAAGCCUUGUUUUCCAAUAUACUGGUAAUACAAAAGUUAGGUUUCACCUAAAAUAAAUGGCAUUACUUUUUAAUGGAAAAGUCCGAAAUUAUGUUUGGACUUUAUCAAAUCCCUUUCAUGGGUUAUGUUCAAGUGCUGUGGUCACUUAGCACACAUUGAUAGACCUGGGCCCCGUCUUUACAAAGAGCUGCGAUUGAUCAUGUCAACCUCAUCUAUAUUGAUAUCCAUCAAUUUCAUAAUUUUUCCUACAGGACAUUUGUCCUUUUGUAAACAAAGAAGACCACACUGAAUCAUCAAGACAACAAUGAAUGUAUGAAUAUACACAUCGGGGUCUAGUGAUUACGACUCUUGUCUUUCAAUCUGAGGGACGUGGGUUCGACUCCUAGCAAUGGCAUGUACUCCUUCAAGAAAUUUAACCACAUUAUACUGCACUAAACCCAGGUGAGGUGAACGGGUACCUGGUAGGAAGUAAUUCGGAACUGGUCUAUUUCUGCGAACUUGGGCUGAGUUUUCAUUGGCAUGUGUUUGUUUUGCAAAGGACACAAAUGUCGGGGAAAAUGGUAAAAUCCAACAUUUACAUAAUAUGUUAAAAAUUAGUUCACCUAUUGGGUUCUUAAAGGAGAAUGAAACCUUUGGAACAAGAUAGCUUGUGUGAAAACAGAAAAAUCAAAGAAACAGAUCAACGAAAGUUUGAGAAAAAUCAGACAAAUAAUGAGAAAGUUAUGAGCAUUUGAAUUUUGCGAUCACUAAUGCUAUGGAGAUCCUAAAAUUGACAAUGCGACAAAGAUGUGUGAUGUCACUUGUGAACAACUCUCCCCAUUACUUUAGUAUAUAUUUCACUUAAAUUGCCUCUUUUAUCACAUCUAUCAGUAGAUCAUGUGUUUUUCUAGAGGAGGGUAUGUAAUAGAGAUUUUUAAAGAAUACAUCAUGGAUAAAGAGUUUGUAUCACAAUAAGAAAGAGCAAAAACAGACAUUUUGAGGGUAUUUUAUAGUCCAUCAAAGGGAAAGUUGUUCACAUGUGACAUCACACAUCCUUGUUGCAUUGCCAAUGGGAGGAUCUCCCUAGCAUUAGUGAUUGCAAUAUUCAAAUGCUCAUAACUUUCUCAAUUUUUGUCCGAUUUUUCUCAAACUUUCUUUGUUCUCAUUCUUCGAUUUUUCUGUUUCGACACAUGCCUACUUGUUCCAAAGGUUUCAUUCCCCUUUAAAUAUUGAAGUCAUGAAGGAAGCACUUGCAAAAUAUAAACUUCUUACUUUCCAAACUAAGAAUGAUCAAUUCACAACAUUUCCAAAACUCCAAUGAAAGGUCAACAUUCAUUUGGAAAAUAAAAUGCAAAUGUCGGAAUUUAGACAUUCAUUCUUUGUGUGCCCUUGAAAACACCUUUUGUGACAGACUUGGAAAUAGAAACCAAAUUCAAGCAAAGGAACAGUAUUACCUUUGUUAGAAUGGGCAUGAGAGAGCAAAAAUCCUGCGUAGGAUUCGUUUCAAUUACAUACCUGUUCUGUGAAUUUGCGUGCCAUAUCCAGUUCUCAUCAACUUAACUUGGAAAUAGAAGGGCACACAAAGAAUGAAUGUCUAAAUUCCGACAUUUGCAUUUUAUUUUCCAAAUGAAUGUUGACCUUUCAUUGGAGUUUUGAGUCUAUAUAAUUAUAUUGAACAAGGAUUCGAUGACUGAACUCUCUUUGUUGUAUUAAAUCAUAUGAACAAAAUGAUAUAUUUUGAGUUCAUGAUUUGUGACUUAUUUAAGGUAGACCCAGUUUGGUCACACAUUACAAAGUAUUUCAUUUUCUGAACUGGCCAGUUUGUUUCAUGAAGCAUUUAGAAUGUGAAGUUUUUAAGGGAUUACUUUGUGAGAAAAAAGAGCAUUAUACUACUUAGGAUUCAUUUGCUAUUAGACUUCAUUCAUACUAAUAUGACAAACAGUAAACAUUUUUUAGGCUAAAUAUUUGAAUAGGGAAAAACUGUAAUGACAUAUAAUGAAUUACAUUAAUACUGUCUCUUCAAAAUGUAUGUUUUUCCCCAGGUUUUGGACAUUUCUUUUUCAAUAUUUAUUAACAUACCAAAUGAAUAUCAGUAUUACUAUUAUUUACAAUCAUUUCUAGUGCACAUAUUUUUUCAAGGUCAGUCAUUUUCAAUUAUUGUGUUUGAAUGUUUUCUUUUUUACUAUAUCCAAGAUAUUUAGGAUUCUUAACUCUGAAAUGAUAAUGAAAUUAUCUGAAAUGCAAAUGCUACAGAAUUAUAUCUUAUCUUAUUGAUGAGCAUUACCAGUUGAUCUUACUUCAUUCAGUCUUCCAUAGUUUAUAGGGAAAGUCCAGCUUGACAACCAGUUUAUGGAAAUGGGUAAGUUUAAUCUUUUCAUGUAUUUUACAAAACAGUUAUAUGCACAUCAUGGUUGAUAGGCAAAUAAAUAUGAAAUAUGAUCAUGUAUUUCAUUAUAAUCUUCUGGUAAUGCAAAAUGUGGUUCGAUUCCUUAUGAAAAAUGUGAAAUCAUCGCUGCCCUGAUUUAUUGUGAUUUUAUGGAGAUUCUCUGUAUCAUCAAUAAAUUGGAAUGAAUCAGUAAAGGAAUAGUAUGUGACAUCAGCUUUUUUAUUUGCAUACUGACCCAGAUCAUGGUCUGUUGGUUCUGACUCUCUUUCUUCAGAGGGUCAAGGGUUUGAAUCCCAUCCAUGACAUGUGUUCCUUCAGUAAGCAAUCUAUCCACAUUUUGCUGCAAUCAACCCAUAUCAUUAAUUAUUAUCUACUAGUUAUAAAGAGUGUUCGAGCGAUGCGUCGAAAACGUCUAUUUGGUGUGCAUCAAUUGCCUGUCUGACUAAUAUCCCAUAGGCUACUGUACAAAAUGUGCUGUUCGAUAUGGUACUGUAUUGAACAGUCUUUUGAACUAGCGCAAAUGCACGAAAAUACAACACAUUGUUGUGACGUGACAUGACUUGCUCAAUAAAUUUUUCAUCUUUUUUUUUUUGGGGGGGGGGGUAGUUAGAUAAAUAAUAAUUAUAUUGGAUGGCUUUAUUUUGUGGAAACCGGGAAAACAUUUCACUUGUUCGGGCCAAUAUUCCACUCAUCUGCCAUUUGUGGAAUAUUGGCCCUAACUCUUGAAAUAUCUCUGUUAUUCCAUUCUGAGCCAUCCAAUAUAAUGCAACAUUAUGAAACAGUCAUAUUUUCUUAUUCCUUGUCCAGUUUUCGUCAAAGCACCAUGCAUUGCCAAAUUAAUGUCAUUCAUAAUCUGAUUCAUAUUUUCAUAUGGAAAAAUAUGACAUCUCAUUCAAUUAACUAUAAGUGACAAAUAUGAAAUGUGUAUUGUAUUAUCUGUACUAUUGUCAUGAGACUUGUAUCAAAUACUAGUAAAUAAAAUCAAAACCUUGUGACUA